ACUUCCGCUGACCCCUGUCACGUGAUCUCCUUGUCCUUGGUUUAGCUAACUUUGACAUGUGAGCUGCAUAAACAUGUCUUUCCCCAAAAAACCCGGUGGUAAAGCUACAGAUAUUUUACAAAAUCUACCCCGCAUAACUCUGGCAAACCUGCGACCGGAGCCAGGAUCCAAGAAGUUGGAACAACGACGGGGCAGAGGACAGCACGGUGGAAACAGAAGCGGACGGGGACAUAAGGGAGAACGACAGAGAGGAAACCGGCCCCGACUGGGGUUUGUGGGGGGCUCCACUCCAUUUUAUUUAGCUAUUCCAAAAUAUGGCUACAAUGAAGGACACAGCUGUCGUCCUCAGUACCAGCCUCUGUCUUUGAAACGCCUGCAGUACCUCAUUGAUCUUGGACGGGUUGACCCAACUCAGCCCAUCGACCUCACCCAGCUUGUCAACGCCAGAGGGGUGACAGUCCAGCCUCUGAAGAGGGACUAUGGAGUCCAGCUUGUUGAUGAGGGUGCUGACAUUUUUGCUGCAAAAAUCAACAUUGAAGUGCAGAGAGCUUCUGAAGGAGCCAUUGCUGCUAUUGAGAGAAACGGGGGGGUCGUUACUACCAGUUUCUACGACCCUAUAAGCCUCGGUAUUCUCAUCAAGCCCGUCCCGUUCUUUCUGCGAGGGCAGCCUAUUCCACGGCGAAUGUUACCAGGGGAGGAUAUGGUCCCGUAUUACACUAAUGCUGAAAAUCGGGGUUAUUUGGCCGACCCAGAGAAAAUCCAGCAGGCCCGGCUCGCCCUGGCUCAAAAGUAUGGCUAUAUUUUGCCUGACAUUUCAAAGGAUGAACUGUAUCACAUGCUCUCCAUGAGGAAGGAUGUCCGACAGAUCUUCUUUGGCCUCGCUCCAGGGUGGGUCGUCAAUAUGACAGAGAAGAAGAUUCUCAAACCCACAGAUGAGAAACUGCUGAAAUAUUAUAGUUCGUAGUAGGUUUUUGUGUAUUUACGGGGUCUCAUUAAAAGUCUGGGGUACCACAAACCUGUGAACAUAUCUCUUAUGAAAAAUCUCUUCAUUUUAUGUAAAACUGCAGAAAAAUAAUUCCAUUUGUCUUUUGUUUCAGAGAAUAAACUAUUAUCACACUUUA